AUGUAUAACAACAAUACAGAAAAUACCAUUUACACUCUUGAAAAUCCACAAUUCAAAUAAAAACUUUAUGAACUCUAACUCAUGAUGGAUCAAUAUCAAUAUUCCAAAAAGUAUAUCAUCUUGAAACUUAAUCUAGAAAAAAAGUAUUAGAGGAUGCUAAAAUCGUCCUUGAAAAUUAUAAAGAAUUAAACCCAACAUUAACAGCUAUUAAUAUAUCCAUUCUAGAAUUAUAAGGAAAAAUUAUUUGUUCAUUCAUAUUCAGUUCCAAUAAAAUACAAUGGUAAUAUCUUUUAAAUAUUUAUCCUAUUAAGAUUUCAAAUUUCACUUCCAUAGGUCUAAUCUUUUAUAUUCCUUAAAAAUAUUGACAGUAUAAUUAAUUUUAUUCUUUUAGCUAAUAAAUUUGAUGCAAAUCCAUUAUAUAAAUCAGCUGAAAUCUAAAAUGGAUUAUUUAUUAGUUUUAACAAUUUUAUUCUCUCUGCCAAAAAUUGUAAUAAAAAUUAUAAAAUAGUAUUAAUUCUAUAUUAAUUAGAUUAAUUUUAUGUUUGAAAUACAAUCUGCCUUAUCUUAAAAUUUUCCAUUUUUCUUAAAAACCUUCCCUAACAAUCUUAAUUUUAAUAAGAACCAUAAUAAAUUAUUAGUUAAGUAAAUUAAUCAUAAUUUAAUAAUAAUUAUAGUUAGUAGUAAUCAUAGUAUAAUAAUCAUAAUUUCAUUAAUAAUAAUAAUAAUCUCCAUAUAAUUCUUAUUUAAAUAUUUAUGAAAAACAAUAAUCAUAAUAAUUGGAAUAAAGUGAAAAUAAAUAACAAUAAGAACAAUAAGAAAUGGCUAAUAAGUUAAUUUAGAUGGGUUCAUCAGUUUUUGAAUUUGGAAAGAUAUUAUUUAUGUCAUAAGAAUAAAAUAAAGAAAAAAUAAAAACUGGAGUUAAAUAAAAAGUAGAUAUUGAAUUAUUAAAUCAAUCUAAAAACUCAUGGAAUCUAUUAAAUAAUAAAAAUAACUAAAUGAUAAUUUGA